AUGACAGUAGAAAUGUGCCAAAGAAUGUUUCUUGGCAGCUGUCAAAUGGGUGUCUGUCUUGGCCUCGGAAAAACUCUCAUGCAAAGACUUUUUACGAUGUGCACAUGCAUCUUGUGUAAAAAAGACCCAUCGGAAGUGUGGCGUUUGGGCCUCCCCGUUUCCCAUUAUUCAAAUAGACCUGAAAAUCUUGAAGCAUUUCCAUCUCACAAAUUAUCAUCUCACACAUUAUCGAUGGCUGCUUCUACAACUUCAAUUUCGAGCUCUUCUGUUGGAAGCACAAAAAAGGCUCGCUCGCACGACAUUAAUGUCACCGUUACCCAAAGCAUAGACCCUGAGAAAGUUCAACAAGAACUUGAAAAAGAUGACUGGCUGUUUCACGAGGGAAAUGUGGAAGAAUUAGAAAACUCUCCGUAUCCAGAAGUCCGUGCUUCUGUCACGUUGGACAUUGAUAUGCAUGUCAAGCUCAACCAUUGGAGAACAUGGUUUUUGACCAUUGCGUUUGUCAUUGUUUUUUCUGGGGUCAAUGUCUUCUUUUCCUUGCGCUAUCCCUCCUUGUCUAUUGGUUUUAUUGUGGCCCAGGUGGUUUCAUAUCCAAUUGGUCGUGGUUUGGCUUUGCUUCCCAACUACAAGCCGUCUUUUUUGCCGGAUUUUUUUCAAUUAAAUCCGGGUCCCUACUCAAAGCAAGAGCAUGCCUUGCUCACAAUUGUGGUUUCGUUAACCACCUCCACGUCUUAUGCCAUGAACAUCUUGAAUGCCCAAACAAACUUCUAUAAUCAAGACCUCAAUGUGGGAUACAUGAUCUUGUUGGUCUUCUCCACUCAGCUUUUAGGUUAUGGCGCUGCAGGUUUGACUCGGAGAUGGAUCGUGUACCCAGCAUCGAUGAUUUGGCCCCAGACUUUGGUGACCACUUCCCUUUUCAAUACUUUGCACUCCAACAAAAACGAUGUCUUGAAUACUAUGAAAGCUAAUGGCUGGUCCAUGUCGCGUUACAAGUUCUUCGUUUUGGUAUCUAGCUUCAGUUUUGUCUUCUACUGGCUUCCAGGAUAUUUGUUCAAGUCCUUAUCGUACUUCAACUUCAUUUGCUGGAUCUGGCCCAAGAAUAUUGUUGUGAACCAACUUUUUGGUGUCGAAUCUGGAUUGGGAAUCAUUCCCAUUUCCUUUGAUUGGACUCAGGCAACCCAGGCCACAAACACUUCUCCUUUGGCAACACCAGCAUGGGUUUCUGCCAACACUUACGCUUCGGUCUUCAUUUUCUACAUCCUUUUGUUGCCAAUCUUGUACUACACAAAUACCAUGUACGCCAAGUACAUGCCAAUGAUGUCGACAACCACUUACGACAACACAGCCAAAAAGUACAAUGUCAGCAGAGUUCUCACGAAAGAUCUCGUAUUCAACAAGGAAGGAUACAAGGCGUAUUCACCAUUGUUUGUGCCCUUUUCAUACUUGCUCUCAUAUGCCCUUAACUUUGCAGCCGUGAUUGCGAUUUUUGUUCAUUGUGCUUUGUACCACGGCAAAGACAUUGUCAGGAAGUUGAAAGACCAGAGACAUGGAGGCGAAGACAUUCACAAAAGGUUGAUGAACAACUUCAAAGAGGCGCCAGAUUGGUGGUACUUGGUUUUGCUUGCCGUUUCAAUUGUGCUUUCCUUCGUUACGAUUUGCAAAUUCGAAACCCAGUUACCGUGGUGGGGUCUCAUCAUUGCUCUUUUGAUUGCAUUCCUCAAUUUCAUUCCACAAGGAUUGUUGGAAGGAAUCACCAACCAGCACGUUGGCUUGAACAUCAUCACAGAGCUUGUUGCUGGUUACAUCUGGCCCGGUAAACCAAUUGCCAAUAUGAUGUUCAAGCUUUACGGGUUCAUUCCUAUGAGACAGGGCCUUGACUUUUCUCGUGAUUUGAAGAUCGCCCAGUACAUGAAAAUCCGGCCACGGAUCUUGUUUGCUGCUCAAAUAGUGGGCACUUUAGUCUCUUGCUUGGUUAACGUUGGAGUCCAACAGUGGAUGCGCUUCCACAUCCACGAUAUUUGCUCACCCACUCAAUCAGAUGGUUUCACCUGUGCUAACGGUAGAACUGUUUUCAAUGCCUCUAUUAUCUGGGGUGCUGUUGGUCCUGGCAAAUUAUUCAGUCCUGGGAAACGCUACAAUGCCUUUAUGUACUUUUUCCUUAUUGGCUUUUUUGCACCCAUUGUCACUUUCUUUGUCAAGAAAAGAUUCCCUAAGCACUGGGUGGGCAAAAUCAAUGCUCCUGUCUUCUUCACUGGCCCAGGAAAUAUUCCUCCAUCGACAGUCUACAACUACUCGUUGUACUUUAUUGUUUCCUAUGGUUUCAACCACUACAUUCGCAAGUGGUACCGUCUUUUCCACAUGAAAUACACCUACAUUUUGUCUGCGGCCCUUGAUUCUGGUGUCUCCAUUGCCGCAGUGCUUAUUUUCCUUUGUGUUUCUUACCCAGCUGGUUCCCUUAGUUGGUGGGGAAAUAACGUGUACAAGAACACUUAUGACGACGCUUACAAAACCUAUUAUAAAUUGGGAAAGAACGAAACAUUCGGGCCCACCACAUGGUAA